ACACAAACUAGAGACUCUGAUGCUCACGUGAUCAUUCUUUUAGAGCACAUGGCGAAAAGAUAAAGCUUGAAGAUGCCCCAGAAAGUUUGCUCGAAGACGUACCACACUCCACGCCGUCCUUUUGAGAAGGAGAGACUUGAUCAAGAGCUCAAGAUUAUAGGUCAAUAUGGACUCAGGAACAAGCGUGAAGUAUGGCGUGUCAAGUACACACUAGCCAAGAUCAGGAAAGCUGCUCGUGAGUUGCUCACUUUAGAUGAGAAGAGUCCCAAGCGUUUGUUUGAGGGAAAUGCUUUGCUACGUCGUCUGGUACGCAUUGGUGUGUUGGAUGAGAGUCGGAUGAAGCUGGAUUAUGUGUUAGGUCUCAAAGCCGAAGAUUUCCUAGAGCGACGUCUGCAGACACAAGUGUUUAAGUUAGGGCUAGCCAAGAGCAUCCAUCAUGCACGCGUGCUCAUUAGGCAAAGGCACAUCAGGGUGAGGAAACAAAUUGUCAAUAUUCCCUCGUUUGUGGUGCGGCUGGAUUCACAGAAGCACAUAGACUUUGCCCUCACCUCACCAUUUGGUGGUGGACGUGCUGGACGAGUCAAGAGAAAGAAUGAUCGCAAGGGUCAAAGUGGAGGAGGCGAAGAAGAAGAGGAGGAUGAAGACUGAUCUAAUAACAUUUAAUAUGUCUUUUGAUGCUUGAAAUGUUAUCAGUAUAUAAAUUAUGUCUUGACUAAAAUUAA